CCGCAAGAGGACUUCACGCAAAGAAAAGUCUUUACGUGAAAGGGCUCUACGAUCUAUUCCGCCUAUUCAAACACAAAAGGAGGUUCCAAAGCCCAAGCCCGAUUGGCUGUUGCCCUUUCGCAGCUUUCCCCGUCGACUCAAAAUCUUCUUGGACGCUUUGCCUCUAAUCCUCUUCUUCGGUUUCGCCCUGUUUCGACUCUUUGUAGAAUGUAUGACAAUAAUCACUUGGAUCAAACACAACGAGAACGCGAAAGACGUAUUCUGAAGAGGCUUACCAAGAGGAAGUUGAGAACUUGUAGGACACUCCGAAAACAGCUUCUUAUGCUACGCCUGAAGGAAAAACUCUACGCCCAGGACACACAUUGCAUAGUUGAAUUGCUCUCGGACUCUGCAGAUAUCAAGAUGCCUCAAAAUAAUGAAACCUCGGGAAUUGUUCCAUCGGACAUACACCAAACGGCAGACCUCUGUGUACUCAAACAAACUUUGGAAAAUCCAUCGAAAAGUUCUAGCGACUCUCUGUGGACGCUGGUGGAUAUUGAUGACGCCUCAGAAUCCAAAAUAGUUGAGGACAACUCUCCUACAUGUAUUGACCAUUUUCAACUCAAGAUCGGCCAUACUAAAAUCAAACGUGAAGACUGCGAACCACACAUUGUCUGCAAACGACAAGCUGGAAUGAUGUCUGUUGAUUCAGAACCGGAAGUUUUAUGUCGCAAUACCUGGUUGGCCAAGGAUGAAGACGACAAUUAUAUGCUCACCGUUUCAUUUUCGAUUGCAUCGCUCUUCUCUCCAUUGGAUGUCGAAUUUGAUACACGAAUUGCGGUUAGCAAAUCUUACAAAGAUAUUUUCACCAGUGCGAGAAGACCUGCACGCAUUGAAGGACUCCAACCAUCCUCAACAGCCCAAUGUGUGCAUGCAAUCGGCAUUAAGAUCGAUAGUAAGGCAUGGCUUGGAACAUCGCCGCGCAAUAAUUGGAUGCCUCUUCAUAUGCAUGUGCGAGUACUUGAGACGGCAAAUUCUGCAGGAAAGAUUCGUUUGUGUGUCAACGUGACACUUGGAAGUCCACGUAAAUGGAACUGCGAACAACUCGUGUGGUUACCAUUCGAUUAUUCCUUCCAACACCUACCCGAUUGGCGCAGACGGUUGAAUCGGUUGUCUGCCGAAAGAGAACCUGCUCCUCAAGUUACGCCUCGCGCUGCUAUUUCAAAUCUAAUGCAGAUCGUUGAGAGAUACCAAGCUUUAGACUGGAGUCAUAAUGCAAGGCAGAAUCUCAACAAGAGGAACAAGGACAAUGCUUCAAUGGAAAAAGGUCAAAUCCGUCCGUCUUUGAUCGAAUACCAAGUUUGGUAUAAUCUCGAUCCACAGCCUAGACCACAGGAGUCCGACUCAGAAGAAGUACUAGAGGAGGAAAUGCAAAUGUGAUAUAACAUGGCGAGGGAGCAUGGGGUGAUAUCUGUUACUAUCAGCGUUGUAUCAUCAAAUUCAUGGCUCUUUGGGGGCAU